AUGAUAGAUUGUAUAAAAAUUCAAUCUAAAUUUACUUAUUUAGGUGAAUUAGAAGCUUUAGAAGUGGCACAAUUAUCAGAAUUAGCAGAUUUUGAACGAGAAACAAUUGAAUUAGAACAAGAACUGAGCUUUCAGAUUUGUCAAAAAUGA